AUGGGUAUUCUUCAACUGCAACAACAACCUGUUGGGAACUUGAUAUAUUCAAUGCAAUCAGUUCACAUUCCCCUUUUUCGCCUUUCUCCCCCUGGUCUCCCUUGUCUCCCUUCUGACCCUUCUCCCCCUUCUGGCAAUGAGGACUCACGGGGCAUCGAUCAGGUCUGGGAGGUGGCGGACGAUCCGCUUCUGGACGUGCUUCCGGGUAAGGAUAAGGGUAAGGAGGUUGCACAGGGUAAGGGUAUCCGGGCGGCGGCGGAGGAGGUGGUGGAGGAGGAUAGGGUUGUUGCCCAGGAUAGGGGUAUCCGGGCGGCGGCGGAGGCGGUGGAGGAUAGGGUUGCUGUACAGGAUAAGGAGGCGGGCAGCCAGGCGGAGGUGGUGGCGGCGGCCGUACUGAAUGAUAAGGAGGAUACAGAUGCAUGUUAUGAUGAUCAGGGUACCCCAUUCCAUUCAGUCCACCCCCCAUAUGCCCAUGACCAAGACAUAAUGGCGCACUGGGAACAACGCUGCAGUAGAAAGCGUGCCCUGGUGGAUAGCAAGGAGGAGUAA